CCACCCGACCCGGAUAAACACGAAUCCGGAUCCUUAAUGUCCGUAUCGUAUCAUCACAUCAAUGAUCGGAGUUGUUGAACGAAUCUUGACACAGAAAGCAUUGUCACUUGCGUUUUGCGAUAUCGUACGAUGCGCACACUAGCGGCUCAUUUCUCCAACUAUUUAUGUAGAAGACGAGUUGGUGUCAAUCAACAAUAUCGUAAUUUUUCAUCUUCUAAUAGCAAAGAUGAGCUAGCCCUGGAAGGAGAAGUUGAGAGAAAAUUUGGGUGGUUAUUGAAGACUCUAUUUUUCGGGAGUGCAAUUUAUGCAGGAUACCAGUUCUUUCCUUAUAUGGGGGAAAAUUUGAUGCAACAGUCAGUAUCUCUUUUGCGUGUGAAGGAUCCCUUGUUCAAAAGGAUGGGAGCUUCUAGAUUGGCCCGUUUUGCAAAAGAUGAUGAAAGCAGGAUGAAGAUACUUGAGAUGGGUGGAGUUGAAGAGCUCAUAAAUAUGUUAAGCACGGCUAAAGAUGACCGUACACGGAAAGCAGCACUGAACGCUCUGGCUGAGCUAUCACACUCAGAUGAAGUUCUUGCAUCCUUGCAUCGUGCUGGGGGCAUUCCAGUUAUUAGGUCUGCUCCAAGUUCACUUGAGGAUGCAGAUGUUGAGAGAUUCAAGUUGAGCUUGAUGAAAAGGUUCCAAGAUCUUAAGUAUGAUGUGUCUUCAUGACUUUAACAAGAGGUUAUUGCCUUUAUUUCUAUUUUUUAACCUUUUUCCUUUAACUGCUGACUUGGAGCAUUAAAUAUCAUGAUAUGAGAGUAAGCUGGCCAUGAAGGCAGUUUUAGGGUAUAUUGGAAAUUGAUGUGUAUCUUUUGUAAUCUUUGGUUCCUUGAAGGUACCUACCUCAUCACUUUCUUUGUAGUUUUUUAGUGUUCUAUACCUGGAUUACUUUGAUUUUUGCCGAACAUCUCAAAUACAAAUGUAAUGUCUGGCAUUGUGCGUACUUGAAACCCUUCACAAUGGAUGCUACACUUGGUGAAACAACUUCUCUCUAAAAGUUGUGAUAUGAAUAAUAUGAACGACGCAUAAUUUAUAUAUA